AUGGCCACUUCAAGCUCUACCAACGACAUGGCCAUCGGUUCAGACGAGAUGUUGAUCAGCUUGAAGGCCACAGCUCAUCUCCGCUUUCAGGACCCUCAUAGCGACAUCGUAGUCGCACGCGCGGGUACUAUCGAUACGUCGGGGAAGGCCAUCAAAAAUCACGAGCGUGGCCAAGAUGUCCUGGUAUUCAUGCAGAAGGGGACAUCACAGAGCUGCGACAUCAGUCGAGCAAAGGCUCGCGCCUCCCGUGUAUGCCUCAUGCCUCCUGACAUGAGCUACGCAGAUGCCGCCUCCAUGGUCUACCCCUUCGUGACCGGUCUCACCAUUCUGCAAACACAGCUCGGGAUAGAAUUUCCUUCCCCAUCGAUAGGGCUAGCGAGGACCGUCGGCUCUGUGCCGACCGCUCUCAUCCUGGGAGGCGAACGCGCUCUCGCAGAUGCACUCACGCAGCUUCUGCAUCUUGCUCUGCCCGGGACGAGCAUCCUCGUUGCUUGCAGAGUCGAGGACACCUCGCACCCAGAGCCCUUCGAAGAAGCCGUGAGACCCUUCUGCCACCGAGCGCUCGAGAAUGGGGCAGUCUAUAGCAUCGACGCUGCGGCGCCGGACUUGCUGGAACAUCUGCAGGCGGCUGUCGAUACCUAUGGUGCUUCGUUACAGUUGGUCCUGGACGCUGGGGAAGAAGUUACUAGAUGGCCGGGGAUUAUGGGGAUGCUAGAUGGUGGUGGUAAGUUCGUCGACUGCACGAGAGUUCAUGUAGAUGCUGGGACACAUGAGGACAACUGUUUGAGUAAAGUGAUGGCGACCCUGGAGAAGCUUCUGGAUGAAGGCAAGCUGCGGCCACCAAUAUGCAAUGAUAUGUAUACAACGACGUUAUGA